CGGCCUGUUCGAUGAGUCACACCAGCAGCAGCCGACGUGCCAUAUAUGCCGCCACUUGCCCCUUCCGCGCCUUGAGCCUAUUAAUAGGGUAAUUCCGUGCUGUCUCUCACAGUUUUGCAGGUUGCAGCAGACGGGCAAAGUUUGAUCAUCCCCUUCUUCCCUCAAGGCUUAACGGCCGGCAAGCUCUUGCCCUCAGCCAAGGCAGACAGCCAUGGAUGGCGACAGCCCGGUGAUGACGGACGGCGAGCGGAGGGCGUACCGGUACGUGCAGGCGCCCAAGGUGCAGGGCCUGAGCGGCAUGAAGAAUUCUUGGUCCAACGACUCGCUCUUCAGCUACGCCGGCGCAGGGGGCAGCAGGGCCGUUGUCCACUCGUGCGUGUGCGCGCCCACCACGCACCCGGGCUCCUUCCGCUGCAAGCACCACCGCCAGAGCGCCGCCCACCUCGGCGCCGCCGGUCAGGCGCAAGUGCAACCAACGGCUGAGGCCGACGCCGACGCUAGGCGCAACGAGGUCCACGGAGACAUGUCGACCGCGGAUGACGAGAAGGCGUCGUGAAGGGGACCGCGUGGGUGUGCUUCUUCGUGGGUGAAAACGUACCGUGCUGCUUGGUUACACGUAGCCGGUGUAGUACGUGGCAAGCUUAUUCCUGUCAUUUCCAAGACUUUUUUCCUGUGAUGUACGUAUUCGUUUUCUAUGUUUCUGAGAGAGGAGCGUUUCAUUUUCCUAGCAGUAAUGCAGGAGUAAUAUAUUGUUGUAUAUGGCCAAAAAAAAUAUCGCUUGCUAUACAUAAUCCUCUACAGAAAGAUUCGUCUUA